AUGGAGCCGGGAUUAAACUGCUCCGACCUGUGUGAGGGCAACUCCAGCUUCGGCAGCCAGGAGCCACAGCAACGGACCCUGCAGGAGCUCUGCACCGUGACAGUCACAUCUUCUGACCGCAGUGGGAAGAGCUCCCCGUCCUUCUCUGCUGCUCUCUUGGGAGUUGUGUGGACAUUCCUGACAGGAGGAGUCCUGCUGGCCCUCUUCUUUCUCGUCUUCACAAUUCGCUUCAGGAAAAACAGGAUUGUGAAGAUGUCCAGCCCCAAUCUGAACAUUGUGACCCUGCUGGGCAGUGGCUUGACUUACUCUAGCGCUUACCUCUUUGGGAUUCAGGAGCAGAGCCUGCUGUCCGGAGACUCGGUGGAAAUGCUUAUUCAGGUGCGGCUCUGCUUGCUGUGCGUCGGGAGCUCCCUGGUGUUCGGGCCUGUCCUGGGCAAAAGCUGGCGGCUCUACAAAGUGUUCACCCAGCGCGUGCCGGACAAGCGGGUGAUUAUCAAAGACCUCCAGCUGCUGGCGAUGGUGGCAGCGCUGGUGCUGGCAGAUGCCGUGCUGCUUCUGACGUGGGUAUUCGCUGAUCCAAUCCAGUGUUUCCGAAGCCUCAGCGUCUCACUGCGGGUGACAGAGAAGGGCAUGACGUGUUCCGUGAGCCGGAUGCAGUCCUGCGCCUCUCUUUACGCUGACCUUUGGCUCAUUCUCAUUUUAGGGUUUAAGAGUAUCCUGUUGCUGUAUGGGACAUACUUGGCCGGUCUGACCGAAAACGUCAGCUCUCCACCAGUCAACCAGUCCUUGACGCUCAUCGUUGGGGUCAACCUCAUUUUCCUGGCUGCUGGGACUGUCUUCUUAGUUCAUCGCUUCUUCCACGCUUGGCACAACCUGCUGUUUGGUUUCACCUCUGGGGGCAUCUUUGUGUGUACAACGACAAUCAAUUGCUUCAUUUUUGUCCCACAGCUCCAGCAGUGGAAAGCCUUUGAAGAGGAAAACCAAACUGUGAGCCACAUGGCCAAGUAUUUCACCAGCCCGAGCCGGAGCUGCCACUCGGCCUGCAGCGCAGAGCAGCUCUGCCAGAUGAUGGGGGAGAAGAGCUCCAUGCAGCGGCUGCUCUUGGAGAAAAACGCCGUGAUCGAAAGCCUCCAGGAGCAGGUGAACAACGCCAAGGAGAAGCUGAUGAGGCUGAUGGCGGCCGAGUGCGGCUGCGCGCCGGCGCCUGAGGCGGCCCCAUGCGCUGCCUUCCCCUCGUGGUGCCGGAGCGCGGGUGGGCGGCGCGGUGGCGGCGACGGGCUGCCCAUGGAGCGCUGUCCUGCUGAGCCGGCCGGCUGGCAGGCUCCCGGUUUGCCGAGCACGCCGCGUGGCCCGGUGCCCUGUGGCAUGCAGGAGUGCGGGGGUGAUGCUGAGGAGCUCCAGGGAGCCGUGAGCCCCGCAGCGCCUGAGGAACCCGCGUGCUCUCAGGCGCUGCUCUUUGAUGUAGGGGAGGGCGUCCUUGAGCACAGCCCCAAGGCUGUCCCCGAGCAAAGAGUGUCCCCAUGGACCGGGCACCCUUUGCAGCAGCUGCCGGGUCAGGAGCCCUCAGCUGCGGGCAGGGGAGCAGGGCCUCAGGGAAGUGGUGGGGUGACCAGAGUCAACUACGUGAGCAGUGAAAAGCUACAGGAGAUCUUGCAGGAGCUGAGCCUGGAUAGCAAAAUCAGCAGCCCGGCCUCACCUCGGGGGACCCCGCGAGGCAGCCAGGGCCCUCCUUGUGACAGGAACGACACGUGGGGAGCCCAGGGAACCUACCCAGACCCCUGCGCUCCCCUUGGCCUCGACCUGACGAGGCGGCAAAGGAGGCUCCCCCCGCCCGCCCCUUCCGCCUGCUUCCCCGGCUCCGUGUCCCCCCGCGCUUGGUGCAUGGUGACCAAGGCCGUGAGCAGGAUGCGAGGUGGGCCAAGUGCCUGGAGCCGCGAGGAGUCGGCACGCGUCUCUGCGGAGGAAGGAGAUGGGACCAGCGGCAGGAGGCCCCUCGAGCACACGGCGCCUCCCGCCGCGGCCGUGAGUGCCGAGCUCAGCCCGCAGCCGGUGGCGCAGCAGGGCUGGCGCGAGCCCCGUGCCCACGAGACAGGCAGUGCCCUCCCAGCUGUGUGCCCAGCCCUUGGCCACGAGCAGCCCCGCGACGACUUCGUGCAUCUCCUCGCGGCGCAGCGGGCUGCUCCCAGGGAGCCGGCGCAGCCCUUGCCGCGCUCGCCGCGCUACUACCCGGACUCCGACUCCAGCAGCAGCUCCGAGGAGAUGUUUCACUGCUGCCACCGGCCCUACUGCGAGCUCUGCUUCCAGGGCCCGCUCGACUCCCUGGACAGCAGCAGCACGGACACGGAGCCGGGCGGCUCUGCGGAUUCCUGGGCAGAGCAUCACAGCAGGCCUCAGCCCGUAGUGAAUUUCAAAGAAGAUCUGAAACCCACUUUUGUAUGACUGCCACCAUGCUAGCCCAAAGGCAAGCAUCACCCCUCUCCCAAAACACACUGUGUUUUAAACCAUACAAAAGAAAUACAUCCCCUUGAGGGAAGUGUGUUGCGCCCGGAUUCAGGUGUAGGAGACCAAUCUUAAGUCUCUCUAGGCAGCUCUUCCAGAUCCAGGCUCGGACUGCGGAUCCUGCUUGUCCGAUAAAGGGUUAGCAGCCCUCUGAGAAAGUGGCCCGUGGUUUCAUCCUGGCUGCUCGGAAGAGCUGCCUGUGUCCUACAGACACCGAGCUGCUCCCCAUCCCAGUGGCCCAGCAGAAAGCCGCGGGACUGAGGGGACUGUAGAGCUGGACUUCAUCUCGGAGAGAUCCCCUGGUUUCUUUGCCACACACAGCAGGCAGACAGACGGAGAGAGGACUUCUGUUCCCCAAGGCCGGUGCUGUGGAGCCUCCCACCAGCCCUACUUGCAACUGGAGCCUGGGAAC